GACACCGGGGGAGACAAACUCCCUCCUCUUUUUAAAAAGCACCUCGGGAUCUCUUACGUCUUCCUGAACAGGGCUCCAGGAACCCUCCACACAGUUAGCGUCUCGCGUAUACAUGAACACACACACACACGUACGUACCCCAGACAUCAAAGGCCAUGGGGGAUCAGUAUGAAUACAGAUGGGAGGAACCUGGCUUGUCGAGUGGACUCAAACCAAACCGCGUUAACCCAGUGCUUGUGCUUUUGGCUGCACCGCUGCCUGUCACCCACGUCGCCCCUUCUCUCUUUCAGAACCACUCAGUACGCAUGUGCUUUGCUUCACUAUCUAAUCCCAAAGCAGGGCAGCGGCAAGGAGCUGUCCAUAAAACUCCAACAGCUGGAGGCUAACAUGAGUGCAGGACGCAAGCUGCUGCGGUUGGGGAGCAGUGUGGAUGCGGUGCAGGCUGCCCGGCGGAGUGCUGUGCUGAGGGACCCUGUGCUGCGGCUGUGCCUGACGGGGGUGCAGCUGAGCCGGGCUGUAUCCUACCUGUGUGACAAUGUGGUGUGGCUGUGCAGUGUGGGCGCUGGGCUGGACCGAGAGGCCUGGAGCCGGUGUAGCUCCCGCUGGUACCUGCUGUCACUGGGCCUCAGCCUGAGCCGAGACCUGUACCAGCUGGUUUGCCUGCUGCGGCAAGCGGGCAAGGAGGGCCCCAGUCCCCAGCUCCCGCUGUCCACAGCCCCCACCUGGGCACAGCCUGUGGACAGGGUGCAGGAGCUGGUGACGUUGCUGUAUCGAGGACUUCGGGACAACCCACCACUCCUCCUGGACCUGACCAAGAACCUGUGUGACCUGCCACUGCCCCUUGAUAAGCUGGACGUCUACAGGAGCAGCACGGGGCUGGGGGCACUGUGUGGCCUCCUCUCCUCCCUCCUCUCCCUCCUCACUCUCACACACCCCCCGCUCAGGCUCCAGCCCUGAGCCAGACCCACAGCAUAGCUCAGGUCUGGAAUUCCACCACAACACACAGUCUCAGCCUGGGGCACAAUUCUCCUCGUAUAUAAUAAUAAUAAUCCUUGCAUUUGAUAUAACACUUUUCACGU